AGCGUAGCGUUCGUGCGUGGCGGGACCAGGCUGCCAAAGGUCUCGGAACCCACAGCGUUGGGGUCGAGGCGCCUAGUGAGGGACGAUGGCGCCUAGCGUGGCCACGGCGCCGGAGCCGAAGCAGGACCCGCCCAGGGGCAUCCGCGCCGUGCUGCUGGGGCCGCCCGGGGCUGGCAAGGGCACGCAGGCUCCCAAGCUGGCUGAAAGUUACUGUGUUUGCCAUUUGGCUACAGGGGACAUGCUGAGGGCCAUGGUAGCUUCCGGUUCAGAGCUGGGCCAGAGACUCAAGAAGACAAUGGAUGCUGGAAAACUGGUGAGUGAUGAUAUGGUCGUGGAACUGAUCGAGAAGAACUUAGACAGCCCUCCUUGCAAGAAUGGCUUUCUCUUAGAUGGUUUCCCUCGGACAGUGAGGCAGGCAGAAAUGCUUGAUGACCUCAUGGACAAGAGGAAAGAAAAGCUAGAUUCAGUCAUUGAGUUCAGCAUCGCCGACUCUCUGCUAAUCCGGAGAAUCACAGGAAGGUUGAUUCAUCCUGCCAGUGGCCGCUCCUACCAUGAGGAGUUCAACCCCCCAAAGCAGCACAUGAAGGAUGAUAUCACUGGGGAGCCCUUGAUUCGACGUUCAGAUGAUAACGAAACUGCUUUGCAAACCCGCCUGAAGGCAUACCACUCCCAGACCACCCCACUGGUGAAGUACUACAGUAAACGAGGGAUCCAUUCUGCCGUGGACGCAUCUCAGUCCCCAGAUGUGGUCUUCGCCAGCAUCCUGGCAGCCUUCUCCAAAGCAACAUGUGAGAAAGCUGAGGAACAGAGAAGUUAAGGAACUUGCUGGAAACCACACUAGUACCAAACGACUGCAGGCCAGGCAAGACCACACCAUUGCUGACCAACUUCAGAGCAAGAGUCCAAGCUUUUAGUGUUGGGCAGAGGGGAGGGUGUUGGUGAGGAACAGAAAAGGAUACGAGUAUUGGGGGGAGAUUGUUUUAGCAGGUCAUUGUUUUUCCCCAUUCAAGCGGGAGUUUUAUAAAUAGUAGUUAGUUGGGAGGGUAUGUUGUGGGAAGAGGAAUAUAUGUUUUUAAGGCUCCGGAGGUGGAGGGUGUGGGAAAGAAGAGGAAGGCCUAGUAUUAAUUCUGCAGGAUCCCUUGGGCACAGUUACCUUUUAUCCAGGAAUGUGAUUGUAAUUGAAAAGCCAUUGACCUAAGACCUCAGUUGUCAUUUAUGGACCUCUAAGCUUGCCAGAUGGGGAGAGCAAUGACUCCCCAUGUCGCCUCCUCUCUGUUCUGUACCUCAUGCCAGGGUAGGUUUUGGUUGCGGACCAAACACCUUAACACCCCAUAUAAUGUGACCAAAUAACAGUCCCCAUGUUUGGAAGGGUGGUGAGGAAUGUAUGUGACUAAGGUGGCCAGGAAAACAUUAAGUUUAAUGGAACUCCCAAGGGUGAAGCCAGGGAAGGUUGAUUCCUCCCACUUUUACUUACCUCUGAUAUUGACUAACUCCAUUGAUCUCAAGGGAAAAGCCAUCAUCAGUUGCUAUCUGCAAGUGUGCAUCCUCUGUUCUUGCCUUCUUUCUACACACUGUGUAAAGAAUCUUUUUUCCUUUUAAAAAAAAAAAAACCUUUGAAGAUUGUCUCAUUCCAAAGAAAUUCCUUCCCCUCCCCAACUCUUGAGGCUGAAACACGGCAGCCCUGUGGUGGUGUGUUUUGUUUUUAAAAAACAAGGUGCCUUUCACCUUUAACUGACCAAAUGCUGCUCUUUUUUGGCCCUGGAAUCAAUAAAAUGUAUUAGUCAUUUGUA